GUAUGAAACUCCACAAGAAAUUAUUGCUCCUCUAUAUAAAGCACCAUCACCACAUGCUUUCUCUCACCCAUCACCGAAACCGUUUCCUUUUUGCUUGAUCCUGGUCAGUAUGGAGCAGAGGACUUUUUCUAGAUUGGUGCUACUCUUUCUGGGUUUCUCUUACCUUCUUCAUCUGUACCCAUGUCCCUGUGCUGCAGUACCUAUUUCAAGAAGUUUCUUGAAGCCAAAUAUGGAAGAUUCAUACUCUGUCCAGAGUUUAUAUGCUCAGGAUGCUGUGGAUGUGACUAAGGAGCUGCUUGGGGAGGGAGAAGGGAACUUUGAAGGCAGAUUGUUGGAAAGCACAGUGGACUAUCCUGGGACAGGAGCCAACAAUCACCAUGACCCAAAAACUCCAGGAAGACCUUGAAAAAUUCAGAACUAAUUUAAUCAUGGACAGAUCAAGAUAAUUAAAAGGAGAUUUGAAUUUUGGUUUUGCGGUUGUCUUUCCAUGUCUUUCUUGAAUGUUGUGGUCAAUACCCAUAGUCUUAUUAAGGUUGUUUGUUUGUGAAAACACCAUGGGUGUAUUUAGUUAAAAACCAACUUUUUCGGAAAUGUUGUAACUGAGAAAGUGGUUAAAAAAGUACUGUAUAAAAAGUUAGAAGGUACUGUUUAUAAAAUUACUAAGUUUUG